ACGCCAGUAUCAUGUGCUACCAUACUUAAGGUGUGUUAUUUUUAUUAUUACUGUUUAGAAUGUGAUACUUGAUAAUAUUAAUGCACUUGAAUUUAUUAGGGGGAAAAAAUAGUGCCAAAAUUUUAGUGAUAUGUAAAAUGUGUAUGUGAACCAUUUUCAGUAUUGAAGUAUAUUAAGCUAUAGUUGUACAGUCAUUUAGUGCUUAAAAUGUCUUUCUUUCAAUAAUGUUAUUUUAGGGACAUACUGUAUGUCACAUGGAAAAGAUACAUAUAUUGAAAAUUUUAUUUGUUUCACAACAUUCAUACAGACAUGCAUUUGUUUAUAAUUCUAUGGGAUUAAAAAAAAAGUGCAGCUGUUAUGUUAUGAGCAGCUGUUAUGUUUUGAUUACUGUUUUUAAUGAAUUGUGUAAGUACAUCUGUGCUUUUUCUACACUGUAUUUGUAUAGUUCCUUAGAAUUUUUCAGGUUUUUAUAUUAAUGCUUGUGUUUUCAUAGGUGUAUUGUUUAAAGAUUUGAUGUAUGUAAAUGAUAAAUAAUAAUGUUACAAGUAUUUAUCAUAUCUUAAAAUCAAAAUGUGAUAUUGAAAAUAUCAACAGGUCUGUGUUUGCCCAUAUAUGAGGUGUGUCCCAAAGUAAGUACAGUUUGGUCAUUAAAAAAAAUUAUCUUAUGAAAAAAAAAUUGUAUUCACAAUUUUAGUUUACUACAUAUCAACACCACAUUUUCAUAUAGUCGUCAUUCAGUUCGAACAACAUUUCACAAUGCUCUACCAGUUUAUUUAACCCCUCUGCAUAAAGGUUCGCUGCCUGGAAAUGGAACGGACGGGUCAUUCCAUGGAAAAUCACCCAAGGGUGGUUGCUGACCCAUUUUGAAAAAUUUGAAAUUUGGUUACAUAAAAAGUACAUACUCCAACAGUGCAAACCUGAAGGUACUGAUUAUUAUCUGCCACCAUUUUGAUUUUGCAGACCAAAAUGGCCGCUGCCAUGUACCAAAAUUUACAUUUUCAAGCCUUUAUGUUUUGUUUAGUAUUUUAAUAUCUAUAAAAAAAGAUACAAAGUCAUGUUCAAUGUCAUUGCAAAGAGGAGACUUAAGGCUAUUAAUAAUGCCACAAAAAAUAAACAGAAUGUUGUUUACAUGUCUUCAUUUAUAGACAUGAAAGUUGACCUUGAAACUGACUCUUUGUUAUUUUUCAAAAUUCAAAAUUUAAAAAAAAUAAACAAUGAAAUAUUGAGGCAUGUAAGUCUACAUGGAGUACUUGGCAAUGAUAUAUUGUCAAAAGAAUGUACUCAAUCCCUUCUUGGUAAAACAAAUUCCUAAAGUUUGUGUUUUAUUUGAAAAAAUCCAUUUUUUGAGGAGCUGUAAAACAAAAGGGCAAGUGAAAAAGUUCUGAAAAUUUGGCAAAACAUUGCCAUGAUAACCCUUAACACAACACUAAAAUAUCUUUGUGUUUUUUAAAUUGGUUUAUUCUCUGUAGCACACUAAAAAUGCAAAAAAAAAAGUAUUGUAUUCAAAUUCAAUUAACUGUUAUUAUUAUUGUUAUUACACUACCUAGUAAUUUAUUUGUCAUAUAUUUGGUAUUUUUAAGUGAAAUAUGACGUGUGGUACAUCAUGUAUAGAGUUGUAUGAUAUAAAAUAAUUUUACAAGAACCACAGAUGAAUAUUUGCAAUGAAAUUAUAACUUACAUUAGGUUUUCUUCUGUGGUUGAAAUGUAGUUUGUCAUUAUCAGCUGCUUUCGUCACCGGAAAAAAGUUUUAAGAAUAUUGUUCUACUUCAUAAUAAACAGUCACUUUCCUAAAUGUUUGAGCAAAAGUAUACUUAAUUCUUCACUUAGUUUUGGAUCAAUGUUAUGACAUCUGCCAGUUGUAGCCAAACUUAAUUCAAUGGGGGAAACAACAUGUAAAAUAUGUUUCUUUUUGACACACACUUUAUCACUAGAUGCGAGUUAGAAGGAUGUGUUGGGGCCUGCAGGAUGGAAAAUCAUUACGAAAUACGUAUUCACUUUGGUCAGGCACAAUGUCUUACACCUUCCCUAACCACCACUGUGAAUCAUAAACACAUGCUACAUAGACUUUUAGUUUUACAUCUAAUUUUUAAUAUUCUUCCUGAAUGAAGCAAACUUGAUGGUCGUCAGACAAGGAAGUAGUGAACACUUUAAUCUUAGUUUCAUUUAUUGGAAUGAAAGCAUCUGAAUCUCUUGUAUUAGGAAUAACUUUUGCUUUGGAGAACCUUUGGAGUAACAUGACUUUUUCGCCCACAAUAUCUUCUUCUGAUACAUAUAAGAAAUUUAUUCCAGUUAUAUUUGCUGAACAGUAGUAAAACAUCUGCAGAGGAGUGGCUAUUGGUUCCGCAUUCACAUGCUGCAGGCUAGCUUUGGAAAUUAUUCUUUUUACUGUACCACCUAUCCCAUCGCAAGCAUUCUUACCAUGGGAUGUGGCAAAAAUAUGCCAUUCCGCAUCUAUCCCAAAGUCAGUUUUGUGAUGACAUAAAUUUAAAAAAUUCUUCCUGUUUUUAUGUUGGUCUGCACAGCCAUCUGAAAAAUAAGUCACUUUCUCUGUAUCUGUGUUGAGUUUGUAUAGUUCAGUAAUGAGAGCUGCUUGAAAGCAAUAUACAGAUUAAGUUCUGUGGUUUAAAGAAUUGCUUCUUACAUAAAAACGUUUAGGUUUCAUUGUAGCUUCAUUCUCCAUGUCAGACUUUAAAUAUGCUAUAAAGGGAUGUAUGGUAGCUUGGCUAUUUACCCAAUGACAUCUCUGAAUUUCAUCUUGUAUCAGAAAUGUAAAAUUUUCAGAAAAAUUUCCUACAACCAAAAAUUAAUUUAAUUUUAAUCUCUCUUUUCUUAAACUUAGAUAUUGGGCCUAUUUUUUUUGCAAUGAAAUGGUGUUUCUUCAAAAAACUCAGAUUAUUAAUUACCAUGUCUAUAAAAUCAUUGUAUGGCUUGCACACUAUUUUAAGUUCACACCUGUCUACAGUAACCCACUGAUGAUAUUUUAUUUCAUUUUCACAGUCAUCAACAAUAUCAUCAUUUUCAUCUUCUGCCUCCUCUUCAUUUUUGCACAAAACUUCUUUGACUUCUUUUCCAGUUGGGCAGAACUCACACUUAUUGAACAUACACUUUUCAUUGUUAAGAUCACAUGUGAGUAAUUGUAGAAGUUCUUUGUAAUUGAAAUAACCACUUCUUACAGCACUGACCAUUAGUUUGACUUUUUGAUGGCUCAUGCACACACACACAUUGUGAGUUCCUUUAGGCCCUGCUAGGAUACACCAUUUUGGUCAAAGGUGUGCAAAUUUUGAAAAACAUACACAUAAAAUCGGUUUUUCCAUACUACUUUACUAGUUUUCUUGUACUCUUGACCAAGUAUUCACUCACACCAAACUCAGCCAUAACCUUUUGUUUAUUUCAGCUUGAAGGUAAUAAACUUAAUAUAUUGAUUUUGUCCUUUACUGAUGUAGCUUGCUUCAUUUUUUCCUUAAGCUUGUUUAUUAAAAUACUGUACUCAUCCAAAUUAACCACCUCCCCAAAUAAAUCUUCUUCAACAUAAGGUACGUCAAAAGACGUUGACAAUUUCUUUCCUAGGCUCUUUGAUACUUUCUCGACUUUUCUUGUAAUGACAAGAUAUUCUUUUAUCUGAACUCAACUUGGCUACUUUCAAUGGAGACUCGCCUAACAACUGACAAGCUACAUUUAUAUUUUCUAUGGUUUGUUAAUUGUGUUCAUAAUCUAAAUCACUGCCGUCACUUGCACAACUAAUAUUGGAUAUUCUUGUCCAACAUUUUGUACAUAGAGAUUUCCCUGGAAUAAUUUUUAUGUUUUUUACUUUAGCUUCAUUAUAUUUUUCAAUCGUUAUUUGUCUAAGAGAUUUUCCAAUUCAUUUUGAGUGUAUGAGCAAUGGUCUGAACAACAAUUUUCAAAUAAAUGAUUAUACUUUUGCAGCAUUUUUGCACUAUGAUAAUCACAAACACAAACAAUGUUUCUGGUAUUAAGUCGUACUUGAAGCAUUAACUUGUCAUCCUCUUCAAAUUCAUUGAUCUCUCUGAUUCUUUUAGACGCCCCAUAAGCAGUCUUAUAAAAAGGUUCAUUCAAGAAAAUUCCUACGGACACUCCAUUAUAAUAAAUAAUGUCCGUAAAAAUAAACUUUAAAUAAAUAGCUAACAUACAUACGCUAUGGUGUGAAUUAAAUCAGUUACUGACUACAAACCACUUUAAAACCACAAACACUGAACACUUAGUGCCUAAGUCACAUCUGCACAGGCACAGGUCUACUUCCAGACUGACACUGGCUUGCCAGUCAGUUCCUGUUCUAACCUGCCAAGACCAGCGUACAGACAUGCUCAUAAUGUGAGUUCACAACGCUAUCUAGGAAUGUCUUUAAGAAGUAUAGCAAUAUAUGUGUUGGCAAUUAGAGGCACAUGUAUGCCAAAUAUUUGACAGAUAAAUUAAUAGGUAGUGUAAUAAUAAUAAUAAUAAUAAUAAUAAUAAUAAUAAUAAUAAUAAUAAUAAUAAUAAUAAUAGCAGUUCAUUGAACUUGAAUACAAUUUAAUUUUUUUUUUUUGCAUUUUUAGGCUACUACAGAGAAUAAACCAAUUAAAAAACACAAAGAUAUUUUAGUGGCGUGUUACGGGUUAUCAUGGCAAUGUUUUGCCAAAUUUUCAGAACUUUUUCACUUGCCCUUUUUGUUUUACAGCUCCUCAAAAAUGGAUUUUUCAAAAAACACAAACUAUAGGAAUUUGUUUCACCAAGAAGGGAUUGAGUACGUUCUUUUGGCAAUAUAUCAUUGCCAAGUACUCCAUGUAGACUUACUUGCCUCAAGAUUUCAUAGUGUGUUUUGAAUUUUGAAAGAAAGUAGAAGCAGUUGAUAAUUAAUAAAAUGUCGGUUUCAAGGUCAACUUUCAUGUCUAUAAAUAAAGACAUGUAAACAAAAUUUAGUUUAUUUUUAGUGGCAUUAUUAAUAGCCCUAAGUCUCUUCUUUGGAAUGACCUUGAACAUGACUUCGUAUCUUUUAUAGAUAUUAAGAUAUUAAACAAAACAUAAAGGCUUGAAAAUGUAAAUUUUGGUACAUGGCAGCAGCCAGUUUGGUCUGUAAAAUCAAAAUGGUGGCAGAUAAAAAUCAGUACCUUCAGGUUUGCACUGUUGGAAUAUAUACUUUUUAUGUGACAAAAUUUCAAAUUUUUUUAAAAUGAGUCACCAAACAAAUUAAUUGAAAUUGGGUGAUUUUCCAUGCAAUAACCUGGACGCUUCGGCCAUAGGCAUCAUGGACUUUGAAUACACAAUGUGUGCAGCCUAAGUACAGGCGCUUAGUAAACAUCUCCGUAAAAAGCAGUGGCGUCUCAUUAAGGGCAAGGAAGGCAAGCAAAUAAAUAUUUUAUUCAGAAUAGUAUUUUACUUUGGCUCGUGCAGUUAGGUGUAUGUAUUUUUUACAUUAUCUUCUUGGGACCCAAUACUCUGCGCUGUGCGCUAUAAGAAAAGAAAUUGUUGACACACAAAACAUGCUGUUUUAGAAGCAUUGCUAGGUUUAGAAGUGCUGGUAGGACCGCUUUCAGCAGGAAGGCUGCCGCAGUGGUUUCCUUUCGGAAGGGGGGUGGCAUGGUACAUAGGUUCGAGGAGGAGAUUGGCUGUAAAAAUACGUGGUAGAAGCUACGAAGGUAACACUUUCUUGCCGAACUGAAGCGAACAUGGCCGAAGCAGACGGUGGAAUUCUUCCGCCGACUGCUUCGGCCUACAGUUCGGCACGGCAGGUGGCGAGGUGGCGUUUCAGGAAUGGAAUGAUUGACAUGCCAGUUUCUUGGUACACGUACCAUUUAACAGAGUUUCUGAUCACGUCUGAAGAUAAUUUCUUUUGUGUUUGUAUGAAAAAUACCAACAUUUAAUUUUUACUAUUCGAGUACAUUUUUAUGAGGUUCUUCUCUUUAUUUUAAGUACUUACUUUGCCAUGUGUGGUCUGUUUAUAUAUUUUGUACAGGAUAUCGAUGAUGCUACACUUCCACUUAGUAUAUAAAUAAUGUAGAGUAGGUAUUUUAUUAUCAGAAUAAUGUAAGUCAAACAUUAUUAUUUUUCAAAAUAAUUUAUAAUAAAAAAAAGUCAAUUUUUUUACCUGUGGAAUAGUCAAUGUUCAGUUAAGAAAACUACUUAAAUAGCACCCUUUUGUACCUUGAAAUACAUAUUUUCCCGGGGGAGGACCCCCCCCCCCCCCCCCCCCCCCGAGCCGUGUUUUGGGGUGAACGGAGUUGUUGCUUCCCCUCAUGUAAACCUCACGCCUCGCCACUGGUAAAAAGUUUACGCAAUCUCCAUACUCAAGUUGAAAAAUGAUGGCUACCAUUUUUUGGAAUGAAAAGGGCUUCAUUUUGGUUGAUUUAAUGAAAUGUAAGUCAACAAUUACAGCAAAAUGUACAAAAUUACGAUUGUCAACUGGUUUAAUUUCUAAGUGGCAAACUUCUAUGCAGAUGGGUUAAAUAAACUGGUAGAGUAUUGCGAAAAUUGCUAGGAACUGAAUGGUGAAUGUGAUGUAGAUAUGUAAUAAACUAAAACUUUCAAUAAAACCUUUUUGUCAUGAGUUUAUUUUUUUUAAUGACCAAACUGUACUUACUUUUCAGAAUUGCCUUGUAUUAUAUUGACCUAGCCUAGUUUAGUUUUUUUUAGUGAAAUUGUUAUAGAUAACUAUAAUCAACUUGAAGAAGCUACCUACUAUAGCACGUCUUGUUGUCAGAUUGCAGCUCAGAGUAAAUUUUGAAUUGGUCGCACUGUUACCAUAUUGAUACUGCAUGAUGAAUUCCCUCUCUGCAUCUCCCACGGCAUGUGUUUUUAUUGCCCAGUGUUUUGCAACAUGAAGAGUUUUUUUUUUUUUUUUUUAAUUUUUGAGACUGAUAACUAAACUAAUAAGUGAGUUAAUGAGCUAUUUUUAUGGUCCACAAAAAAUACGGAUUCACCUAGCAUAAAUAUUCUAAUGCUGUUUGGCCGUUGAUUUAGGGGCUGUGUUGUAAUUUAGCACUUACAGUCUAUUAAAUGUUUUCCAAGACGAUAAUAAGAACACAAUUUAAUUCUUUUACCUUUUGAAAAUGGGUUUAGAGUUAUUUUUACUCAUGUUAGGUGAAGUUGCUUUUGAUGAACUGCAAUCACCAAAUUUUAUGUACCCAAAAUUUUAACUAACAUUUUAGAUUAAGUGACAAUGGCACAGGCUGAAAGGACAGCACUACCAGGAGAAACUGGGCUUUGAACAUAGAGAUUUGUGCCUACUACACGUCACUGCAAUCUAAGGAUUAGACUUUCUGUAACUGUAUAGAUAAAUUUCUUGAUAAUUUCAUACCUGUAUUUGUUUUGGUGCAAACAUUACAGUAGAAAUGGACACAGUUAUGCAUUCAGGAACCAACUGUAAAAUCUCUUUUCUUGUUCUAUGCCUUUUUCACAAAACCUUGCAAAUAAAAUUUUACACUUUUAUCGCAACCACAUAGCUUGGCAUAGUUAUCUUCCAUAUUGAUUCCAUUUCAUAGUACUUAACAAGUAUUAAUUGUUUAUAUUCUAACCAAGAUCCCAAAAUUAAGAAUGUAUUUGGUUUCUGAUUGCAUAACUGUGUAAUGUUGUCUGUUUUCUCUAGAGUUUCCUUUUCCUAUUUACAAUUUCAUUUUCCAUCCUCCAUUACUUGCCAUAAACUGUAAAUUGCUUCAUUUUUUUCAUAAUAUAACUAUUGUUUUUCCUAUGUACUGUUUUAAUGUACAUAUUAAUUAGUAGUAUGUUACUGCAUGAUAAAAAAAAAUUGUAAGAAAAUCUUUAUCAUUAAACAAAGUAGAGAUUUGAAUUUACAAGAAACCUCAUCAUUAUUCACAGUUUAUGUUAUUUCUGUUAAUUAGCUUAGGCCAAAAAAGUAUGUUUUAACAGUAAGGAUGCAUUACACUUCAUGUAAUUUCAUCCAUUCAGAUAUCACCCAUUUUUUCUAUUUACCUGGUUAAAGUGCUGUAGGCAUGUUUUACUCUAAUUAACAAACACAACAUUCAAGUACACUUCCGACUCGCAUAGCACGAGUUCAAUUAACGCGAAUGUGCAUAACGCGAGAACAAUUUUUGAGGAAUGGUUUCAGAUAGUGCGAAAUAAAAACCCGCAUAACGUGAGGUGAGAAUUAAUUUUUUGGUAUAAAUUUACUGCCGCAGGGUGUCGCUGCAUUGUCGGAUACAUUGUGUGAAUGCCGCUCGGGCAGUGUCUAGCCGAGCUCGGCGCGUCAACUAUCGCAAGAAAAAGCUGUCUCAGCUAUAAUUUUAUCUUACCCGCCCGCCACAAGUGUGUGUCGUUUUCAUGACUCAAAGCGCUUCCCAGGCAUACUAGAUAUACUAGAUAUACUAGUUAUCGUCAAGCUUUGUUUUAUUGUACACUUUAUAAUCAGCUAGUCAUUUUGUUGUUGUGCUUGGUAAAAUUCGCAUUACAUAUGUAAUAAUUAUGAAACGUGCAAAAGAAGUACAGUCUGAUAAAGUGGUAGCUAAAAGAAAAACUAUUUCUUUAGAAACGAAGUUGGAAGUUGUACGGCGUUCUAAAAACCAUGAAGGUAACAGUGCAAUUGGUCACGCAUUAGGCCUAAGUGAAUCUACGGUACGGACCAUUAUCAUAUUUUGCAAAAUAAAUGAAGCUUGUAUGAUUGUAGAGGAGAAUGAUCCUAACGAAGAAAGAAGUGACAACUUCAAAAAAGAAAUGAUAAGGUAUGUCAGGUGUACAAAGACUUGUACGAACACAAAAAAAAAGUAAAACACAAACACGGCUAGAAAUUUUUUUUGCGCCUGCAUCGACUUCCAAAAGAGCAGACCUUGUGAAGGAGGCGACUGCGCCGUUUUGGGAAAGAGAAGAUGAAGGUUGUGACACGCCAGCUACCCCUCCCACUUCAGGACAGGAAGUUGAUUAACCCCCUGCUGUACUCAAAAACAAGGACAGCUUGUUUACAUUUUCACUCAUGGAGGAAGAAGCGACUACAUCCACAUCCGCUUUUUCUCCGGACAAUCUACGUUAAUCUUUCCAUUUAUGUAAAGCAAUCUGCAACUUAUGUCAUGUGUGUUUACAAGUUCAUUUUUUUGUUUUAGGUUUUUUUUUAAACAGACACACAUAAGAAUUUAGGGGAAAACUCAAAGGGAACUGGGUGUGUGUGCGCCCAAACAGUUGUGCCAUUUUUCAUUAUUGUUCUUAGAUGUUUUUUCCUCAAAGUUAAUACGACUGAUGCUCUCUACCACUACGUGUGACAGUUUUAUUACCUUCCCCUUGUACUUAAAAGGAUUUUUUUGUGCGUUCACUAAACCGUACCAUGUAAAAUAACAUUGUUAUUAACAGGGAUAGCCAAACUCGCGUAACGCGAAUUCUCUUAGCGCAAGUAUUUCGGAACCAAUUGUUCGCGGUAUGCGAGUCCGAGGUGUAUAGUCUUAAAUUACAUACAGGUUAAACGGAUAAUAUUAAUAUGUAUUGUGCUAGGCACAAAUUUAUGCGGUAAAAUACUUUUUUGUGUAAUUCUACAUAAAAUCAUUGUAAUAAUAAUAUUCUAUUUAGGUACUGGCUUAUUACUUAAAAAAAAAAUACAGUGUUUUAUCGCAUAAUCGUCGCACAUUUUAUACUAAAAUCGAGUUUAAAAAGUAGGGGUGAGUCAUGCAACAAACACCUUUCUUCAACUUUAAAAAGUAAAACAAAAUCUGUUACCCAAAUGCGAGCCUGAACUAACGCAUAACUAUUGUCGUAGUACACACUUACCACGAAAGAGUGCAGGCCAUCAAAUGUAGUUAACUCAGCACUCAACAGAGAGCGCGUAUUGUAUGCAAUCUGCGAGAUAUCAAUAUCAAUAUUCGACUACGGUACACUGCGGCAACACAGAUGGAAAGAUAAAGGUUAUAACGUUUAAAAAGUCUUUAAAAGAAAAUUUACGCAUGAGACAACUUCGUAUUUCCGUUAAUUAAAUAAGUAAGUGGUAAUGUCCGAAUAAAUAUUAGAUUUCUACUUUAAAAUACAUUGUUUUAUACGGAAAAAAUAUCUACACUAAGUGCUCGGAAUCUUAUAGAGGAACUAAAAACAUCAUGCAACGUUUACAUGAGAUGUUUUUUUAUCGAAAUUUUGACGCCCUAAAAUAUGUGUGCGACGAUUAUGCGCGUGCAAUGAUUAUGCGAUAAAACAGGGUAUAUCGAAUUGCUGGAGACUUGCAUUAAAUCUGUUUUGUAUCUGUUAUCAGAUCUGUUAAAGUAAUGUAUUGGUAAUUGGCUCGGUAUCUGUUUUCAUGCCUAUCACCUAUUACUGAUUUUUAGUUACUUGUUUCUUAUUAGAUUAUGACUCCAGAAUUUGUUGCUUACUUUACAGAACACCAUUAAUCACCUAUUGCUAAAUGUGAACUGACUGCCCAUGUUUUUAUCUUCUAUUUUUGAAGCUACUUAAAAAUACAAUCUUUAUACACUAUAAAUAGAGAUUACAAGAUUCUAGCCUAUGCCAUGUAAAUAAUUACCUUGUAUAAUACACCUCACAAAAUUUAGUUUCUAAGAGCACUUAUCUUUUUCAAUGUAUUGUAAGUUAAAAUUGUAAAUUUUUUUUAAUGUUGCUGUAAACAUUUAAAACUAUUUACCAUUGGCUGCUUGUAAAUAAACUUUAGAAAAUGACUUUAAUGGUCAUUAGCAUAACUUAAUGCAUUCACUGUGACAUACAUAUUAUAUGCAUUAUAAAUCAUAAGGAACAUGUAGAUAGUUUGCAGUAGAAGCUUAAUUUUUAAAACACUACAUAAAAAUAGCAAUAUUGUGCUGUUAUCCAUGCUGAAAUGGACACCUGCCAUAUGGUGCUGCUAACAAGUAUACUACCAAAGAUUGAACUACAAAGUUGGUUUCCACGUAAUAAUUUUUUUCUGUAUUUUAGAGUGAAAUGUUAAAGGAGCUAUUUAGUAACUUCUCUGAGAGUGAUUGUGAUCAUUGUGAAACUAUUCAGUGCUUUAAUGGUUAACUAAGGAUGUAUAAAACACUGCCCAAAUACACAUUUCACAUUUAUGAUUAGUAUGGUUUUUUAAUAAAUGAUUGUAAAAGUAUUAAAUUUAUAAACAAUUUCUAAUACAUAUUUUUUGACACAGUUGUGCUUCACUAAGUUAUGCGAUGCUGCCAUAUAUAUGUUACAUAGCUUUUGUAUAGUCGUCCUCCAGUGAACAAUAGUGCAAGAAUUGAAAGUCAGCCAUUCAGUUUGAUUUAUUACAGGUUGUCUUUUUGAUAGUGAAAGUCAGUAAAAUUUUCAGUUAGUAUUAUGUAUUUUUUUAAAGUCACUGACAUGUCCUGCUCUUCAUUGUAAUUUAUUAUUUUUCCAAACCAAAAGAAGCUUGCCAUCAUCUGACCAACUUGUAAGAUGAAAAUAUUAGAAGUAAAUUUGAUACUUAUGUCUUUGUAUUAUAUACAUGUAAAAUAUGUGUUAAUGUCCAAAAUGUUGAUUUUGUAUUUUACAUUCUAUAUGUUUAUGAUAAGUGCCUUUCUUGCAUAAUUUAUGUCUAUAUAAGGCCUUUUGCACAGUUGUCUCUUGGUUAUGGGAUGAUCCAAUGUCGAUCUCCAGUGGAGAUACUUCAGGUUAAGUUACAGCUCUGCUAAACCUAUCAAUAUUUAUUUAGUGAUUAGUAUUUUACUUGGUCUGUCUUUAAUCUGGGGAUCAUUCUGGCACAGGGUUUGUCACUUCUUCCAUGCAUUUGUACACGCACGCACGCACAUAUGCAUUAAAAUUACAUGUCAUUUUUGGUCUCGCUGUUAGGUUCAGAAUGUUUGUGUGGAUAGUAAUGUUCCGUGUAUUAGGGAUUUAGGCACGUUUUAUUUAAAAUUUUGUUAUCAUAAAUAUUUUUUUGGAAAUUUAUUUUUUUUACUCAUCUUACAUCUUUACGGCCAGGCCCUCAGCCUCUGUUCUCAGAGGCGAGCUGAUUUUUUUACCAGCCUAAUGCUAGGUUAGCAGUCUGGCUAAUAUUUCUCCCGCCUAUAGGCACGUCGGAGGCCGGUAACUUAAUUUCUCUGCAUGACUUUUUUGCCUACAGCAGCUUGUGAAGCAGUGCUGAGCCCUGCUAACUCUAUCACGAAUCGGUAUAAGGUUCACUAGCAGCAAGACACGACAGUAGGAUCCCGUGGGCCUUGUGUCCCACACUCCAUGCGUUUUUUGAAGCCAUCCCCCCUUCUCCCCCUCCUCUUUCUUCUCAGAAGUGAAGCCAGGAGCGAUGACCGCUUGUGAACUCACGGGGACGGUAACCGAAUUCAAGACCAUCUCAGGCUUGACAGCCGCAGAUACGAUUCUGGACUUUAACGACAUCUAGCGACGGCUUUGGUCACUAACGCCACUUGUGGGCGUCGGCAGCGCAGACACCAGCGCUUUCGCGUGGAGGUAACGACAACCUUUCUCCCCCUUAUGUCUCGGGCCGCUAGGUGGCAACACUGGUUACUCCAUAUACACCUAACAUUGACACACUCGUCGGCCACAAGUCGAUUUAUUAAUACUUCUUCUCGCCACCAAAAGAUAGCGCCUCAGUCGGGCAGUCACUCCAGUAAGAUCUAAUAUUUUUUAUGCUGGACACCUUCGGAUGGGCUCGGUAAUUUUCGGCUCAUAGCCUAACCCCCCUCCCAUUCUCUAGAGAUCCCGCGCUUAUUACAUACUGACGAUAUCCCGCUCUGAAGGGACUUCGGUGCGCACCUCCUGACUGACUGGUACCGUUUGUUACUGCGAUCUUCGGCGAAUUAUCGGCCUCGCAUCUCGAAUUAUGUAGUCUUCUCAGACUAUAGGGAUGAAGCCCGUAUCUAAAAAUUAAUAUAAACCAGUCAGUAGUUUAGUUAAAAGUAGAGAACCUUAGUUUUUUUAUUUAUAUAUUUUUUUCUUAAAUCAUGAAAAUUUCUGCGUCUACCGCGAAUCAUUUCCCUUUAUUGGCCUUUUGCGCCAUUUAAGUAUACUGUCUGGAAACAGGUCUGAUUCUUUGGAAUUUGGACUUCUGUUUCAGACAGGGUUCCAAGUUUGGCGCAACCAAAAUCCUCUGCCAGAACCUCUGGAGUUGGAUCCUGAGCAGAAUCCACCAUCUUUAGGCCUACUACCUCGAUCACCGUCUACCUACAGCCCCGGGUGAUACCCGCAUCAUUCUAUCAUUUUCUUUACGAACUCAAAAAUAGUGUAACCCAGUUAAAACAGCAGACAGUUAGGAGAGAAAAUUUAUAUAAUGUUUUGCAAGGACUAUAUGUACAACCAGUAAAGUUAGCGAUGUUAAUUUCAUUCAUGUUUUUAAAUAUUGUAAUUUUUGUUAUACAUUCAGGGCCGGCCCUAUCGUAAAUAAAGUUAAAGAAUAUAAUAUAAUAAGUGUAAUUGUGAGGAAUGUAUGUAAGAUCACUUAUCAAUGAAAAACAGAUGUUACAAAGGAAAAUUUAAUCUAUAAAAAAAGAAAGAACAAUGAUUAAUAAAAUAAGGAAGUCUAUAGACGUAACUGUUGUUUUUAUUUAAUUAAUCUAUAAUAAUGAUCCUUUUUCUCCCAAGUGUUCGUAGGGAGUCUCUAAAUUUUCUUUGUUUACUCCUAGUGUCGCCUCUGUUGUUGACUUUUGAUAGCUAUUAAUUGAGGGCCCCAGUAUUAAGAGUUUCCAAAUCUUUUUAUCUAAUUACUUAAUUAUUCUUUAAGACACUUGGGGUGUUACAAAAUGGUAGCAGAGCGUGAUUACGUCUAUAGGCAUACCUAAGUUGAAAGGUCAUACCUAAAAUUUAAAUUAAAAAAAAAAAAUUAAAUUAAAAAAAAAAUUAUUAAUUUUUUUGGUCACUCUGAAUCUUAUUGUAGUAAGUAAUUUGUGAACUGUCCGCUGAUACACUUAGUAGCUAAAUUGAACCUUGAAUUUUAAAAUUAUCAUUAGUUUUGCUGCACUUCGGUCUCUGUGUUUACAUUUGAGCGCGCUCCGAGAGGCUGCUUGCUGCCCGCCCACGCAACUCGGGCCGCGCGCGUGGCUUAUCAACAGAGACGUGUCCGCCGGACGAGAUACACCUCACUCCCCCACACCCCCAGUUAAAGGCGCUGUGCGCCAAGGUCAGUCCUGCUGGCUGACAUGACCUUCAUUAAACCAUGCUGUCAUUUGAGCUAUUGGUGAAGACAAUGGCUUUUGUGAGAGGAGCGCAGUCGCGUGAACUGGCUGUGUUGUGCAGUUUUCUGGGAGAGUCGUGGAGCAAGACAGUCAUAGCUGCGACGGGGUUGUGUGCUGGUUCGAGGAGCGAGAUAGUCCAGGAACCAACUGCGAGCGGGAUGUGGUUCUCUUUGCUGGUCUGAGGUGGUUUUUUGGAGUGAGCAAUGUUCCUCAGGUUUUUACUGCAGGUUUGCAUGUUUUGAGCUGUGAUUGCUGAAUAAUUCAGUAUUUAUGGGUGCUAAAUGCAGUAAAAUUUCUGGAAUCAAAGGCAUCUUGUCAGGAGCCACUGCAAGCUAGGCGACUUCAAAGGGGACAGAAUUUUUCCAUUCAAAGUAAAACAGCUUUUUACUGUUGGAAUUUUACCAGGUGGCUGCAGCAAAAAUGCUAAAGAAACGGCAAGUGAACAUGGUAUCAAUUGUACGUGCUGUUUCUGAUUUCAUAGAAUUAGAGAUUUAAUGCCUGCAAAGCCCAGCACAAGGAAUAAAAUUUUGUUAUUUUUUGUUGGUGGCUUUCUUGGGAGACUUUUUAAGACAAAGUUAUGCAUUGUUAGUUUGUUUUUAUAUGCUACUAAACCAAGCUUAGCUGUGGCUAAUUCUUGAAUGGUGAACUAAAGGAAGACUAUGAAUAGCCUAAGUACCUACCAGGUGUAUUUAAAAUGGCAUGUUCUUGUAACAAGACUUAUUUCAGGCAGAAGGAUCUCCACUUGCCAAAAAAGACCAUUAAGCAGAUAUCAAAUAUAAAAAAUCGUUUGUCCAUAGUACCAGGACACGCAUUUCAUGGUGGAUCAAGGUAAGGCUCAACUUGAGCUGUGAAGCAUGGUGUCGUAGGUCAAGUUUAGUGGAGGAUCGCGGGUGCACCACUUGGGAGAGCGUGAAGCUUGAACAACUUUUUUAAGCUUCUCCAACACUCGUAAUUUUAUGAACUUGCAUCUGCAGUUUCUUGUUAUCAGUCAAUUUCUGUACCAAGUUAAAUCUGCUUGUAUUGACAACUUGUCUUUAUCCUGAAUAAUGUUUCUGCAUUUAUGAACAAAGAAAUUAGAUCUAAGAAAUACUUGCUCAAAAAAAAUUAAUUUUUUUUUUCUAAUCUUAAAUUCUUAAAUUUAUACAUUAAAUGAAAUGUGAAGUCGAUCUUGAAACUUGUGAAUGCUGUUGUUUUUGUUAACCUUUAUAUUGUGUAUUAAUGUUGGAUUUUUGUUUGGAAAUUAGCAAGUUGUUAAUAACUAUUUUCUAAAUACUUCAUGCUUGUUGAAAAACAAAUACCGUACAUCCUCAACAAAAUUGGUUAAGUGAAAAGAGUCAAGGAUGUAAAUUUAUUUUUGUUGAAUUUAGGAUGGAAGGAAAAAAAAAUUAUAGGAUAUUUUUUAAUUGAUCUUCCAUAGUUAAGUUACAAUAACUUAUCAAGGCCCCUUUGAAGUUAAACGUUUUACCAAAUAUGAAGUACAUGCAAUCAUUCAGGACAAUAAUUCUGUUUUUAAUACAAUACAAUGAGCCCAUUUCAUUUACCCCUUACGUGUGUUUGAUUGUGAUUGUGUAUGUAUUUUAAAACUUUUAAACUUCUAUGUUAAAAGCUAGUAUUCCAAAAUAUUUGUUUGUAAUGUACAUACAACUUUUGCUUGGAUUUAUAAGUAAUUUAUUAUAAUUGCUGUGAUUUUAUGUAUGGUACAGUUAGAGGUGCUUUGCUUUUAUCUAUGUUAAUAUUGUCUUUGUUUACUUGAAAUGUAUAACAAGAAUGGUUUGAUAAAAACAGUUAUCUUUACUUCGCAAACUUUUUUUUUUUACAUUUCCUAGAGCAAUUUUUUGCAUUGAAAACAUAUGUCGUAGCAGAUGUAUUAGACAAAAUAUCAGCUAAGAGUAUCAGUGUGACUAAAAUGAGGUUGUGGAGGGGGAAUGGCACUUUCAUUUUUAGCAAGUUCCUUUUUUUCUUGGUUUAGUUCCAUGGGUGUUGGUCAGAAUACAUGUCUCCUUCGUAGGAAUUUCUGGGUUCAGUUCUUCAGCAUAAAUCCAGGAUAUUUCACUAGUUGGGAACAUGGUGGACGUUGGUGUGAGCUGGUAGGUACAUGGAGCAUCAAUUUUCCAAAACAAUUUGCGAUGCUCAUUUUUUGGGUACCUAACCGAUAAUUUACAAAAAAAAAUUUGGCCAGUGUCAUAAGAUUAAUAUGUACAGUAGAUCCUCUUUUUUACAUAUUUUAAGGGACCCGAAAAAAUAUAUGUAAAAUGCAGGAAUAUGUAAAAAGUGGGAUAUGCUAAAUUUUUUAAAAUUAAUAUUUAAUCGUUAUAAAUACCAUUAUUAGCAGAUAGUAUGCACUAAACAAAGUCAAAUGUUACAUAUUCUCAAGUUUUACACAAUAAUAAGCACUUAUUAUCUCAGACAGUAAAACAAAGACAACCUUAACAGCACUUUAAACAAAAUUGUUAAUAAAAAUUGUUACUAUACAAUAAUUACCUUCAAUAUCACACUUAGUCAAAUAUAAUCAAUCUUACUUAAAGCUUCUUGAAGAAGUCUGAAAUGUGCGAUUGUUUUGAAUGGAGUCUGCACAAGUGCUCAAUGUCCACCUCAAGUUUGUGCAGGGUCGGAAUAAGGUCUUCAGCAUUAUUGAAACUAGACACAAAUUUUUUUAAGGUACACACCGCCUGAGUUGCUUCUGCCUGCGUUGGAAUAGGUUUUUUACCAUCUUCGUCUUCUUCGCUGUCUUGACAGUCAACAGAAGCAUUUUCUGUCAGAUGGUUGUUGACGAUGUCAUUUAAGUCUUCAAUUUCUGUUGUUACAUCAUCACUGUUUACUUCUACAAAGUCAAUAAAUGACACACCAGCUUGCAGUUUUGCCACUUCUUCAUCAAGUUGAUCAUUACUGGAUAACUCUUCAACAGCAGUCACUCCAGAAGAAAAGAAUCCAGCUUUUUUGAAACAGUUAGCUAUAGUUUCUGGCUGUACCUUGUUCCACGAAUAAGCAAUGUUAUGAAGUGCAUCAAGAAUAUUGAACUUCAAGGUGGUGGGGUCGUUUCCAGAUUCUAGCAUGCACAGAGCUUUCUGUACCAACCUUUUCCUGUAGUUUACCUUGAACACAUGGCUGGUGCAGUUAGCAGGAAAAAAGACCAACUUUACGUUCCUCAGCUCUAUGUGAUGUGGAUGUGCUGGACACUGGUCUAUAAAAAGGACAAUUUUACGGUUUUGGCUUCCCAUUUUCGCAUCCAGUGCAUGUAGCUGAGACUCAAAAAUGCUUCUAGUCAUCCAAGCCUUCAAGUUUGAUGAAUACUUUGUGGGCUGUGUUUUUAUGUUCCUAAAACAUCUGGGAUUCUUACUUUUACCAAUUACAAAUGGUGGCAGCUUUUCACUGCCAUCUGCAUUUGUCGCAAGAAGAAUGGUAAGUCGUAAUUUACUGUUUUUUCCUCCAUGGCAGCGUUCUCCUUUAAUACUGAGUGUUUUGCUUGGCAUCACACCAUAGAACAGUCCAGUUUCGUCUGCAUUAAAUACAUCCUUUGAUGCAUACUCCAAGAGAUGAUGGCGUAACUACUCAGUUGUCCAGGUUUCAACAGUUUGAGUGUUCACACUAUUACUUUCGCCACAGAUUGUACUGAACACAACAUUAUUUCUUUCUUGGAGUCUGCAAAUCCAGCCGUUAGAUGCAGUGAAAUCUUUGAUCCCUAACCUAUCAGCUAUUUGCCCUGCUUUCUCACGAAGUAAAACACCACUAACGGGAAUGUUUGCAGAUUGUGCUUCAGUAAACCUUUUUUUCAAAAUAUCUUCCAGCUUCUCGUAAGUUGAUGUCCGUACAUACUUUCGCUUAUUCGCGGUCGCUGCCCCACAUUUAACAUAAUUUUCUUCCACUGUCUUGCGGUUUCUCAAAAUCAUGUUCAGUGUUGAACACGAAAUCAUAAGUUCAUUAGCAAGAGAAACUUGGGUACCCAUGUGCGCAUCAUAGCAUCUCAAAAUGUCCAGUUUUUUUUUAUUGUGAGAGUUUUUCUUACACUUUUUUCGGACAUCAUGAAUGCUCCUGCACUAGCAAAUUAUUUAUUUCAGAUUUUGGGCAAAUAUUUAAAUAAAACUAACCCAUCACUUGUUAUGAAUUGGAAAAAAACGUAGCACUAUCGUUGCCAAGUUCGGAAUUCACUACUGCCAACUGCUACCAGAAACUUUUUUUUUGGGAAUUUGUUAACCAAAAUCAUUUAUUAAAAUAUAAAAUACCAUUAAUAUUUUUAUAAAUGAUUUAAAAUUUUUAUUUAUAUUGCUAACUAAAUCGGCCAUUUUAUAAUUUUAAAUCACUAAUAUUAAGUCACCAAGAAAAACUUACCUUCAACUAACCAUUAAAAUGAAAUGAGCUUGACCACACACACAAAGAUGCUAUUUUUGCUGGAAUUAAUUUUCUUUAAAUUUUAAUAUAUGCUCCUAUAACCUCAUCUAUAACUUUUAAUUUAAAGUGCAUAUAUAAAUUUAUGUAUAAAUACCUAUUUAAACGAAUGGCACAUUUUGUUUUAACUUUACCUAUCGUUUCCGCAUAUCACAGAAUAUUUAGAUGUAUGGCCGUAUAGUUUACCGUGGCACAGAAUAAAAUUUCGAAGUGAAGGUUGUUUCCAAUGGCAAAUGAAGGUGUCGCGAGUACGUGCAUGGACGUAUUAUAAAUAUGUUCUAAUCAUAAUAAUAUUCACUUCAUUUUAUAGUGUUUUUUCUGAACUUUUUCUGAUGGUAUUCUCACAGAUGCUGCGCUGUUGCAACGUAAAUUACGGGAAAUGCUUCUGCAUAUAGCGGGAAAAUAAUGCAUUAAUACUAUAGGGGAAAUGAUGGUGCAAAUAAAAAAAUACGUUAACUACGGGAAAACGCAAAUCCCGGGUACGUGAAAAAGAGGUUCUACUGUAUGAAAUGUAAACAAAACUGUUUAUAUUUUGUAUCUCACGUCGUACAAUAAUACACUUACAUGAAAUAGUGACAGUAAAUUGAAGAAAGCCUACACUUUGGGAAAAAGUCCAUAGUUGUGUUUCGCUUCAAAGCUGACUGUUUAUUGCCACUAAAUCUCGCACCAGCGCCUGCUAGUGGAACUAAGUGGCAUGCACAUUUGAAUUUGCUGACCAGAACACUUUAGGUUGAUCAGUAUUUGGAUAAUAAAUGCUGUAUUGUACUCCCAGUUUCGAGAAGCCUAAGAUGUCCAAGUUCUGUCCCUGCCCAAACACGCCCGAAUAUUCACCUUGGGCCAACCUCGGGAUUUGUUUUAUUUUUGCGCAGGAAAAAUGAAUCAAAUAUUAAAAGUGGUCGGUUAGGUUAGCUACAUUAAAACACUUUAAAACAGAGAAAUAUAAAUAUAUAUAAAUAAACCCGAGGUUGGCUGAAGGUGAAUAUUCGGACGUGUUCGGGCAGGGACAGAACUUGAUGUACAUCUUAGGCUUCCCCCAGUUUCAUGUGAGAACACUCUGCUCCUCAUUGUGAGUCCUCAUUUGUCUCAUUACCUCUUUGUUGACAAGGUGUUUAACCCUAAUGCGUUCAGUAAUCUCUUGUAAGAAGUCUGUUUGAAACCAAGCUGAAGGCUUUGUAUCUUAAUAUUUAUUCAAGUGUAUUCAAGUGUGCACUAAUAGUGUUUUACCCUCACUGGUCAUCACGGGGCCAUCAAGCGGGAGGGGUAGUUGAGUUUUCAGAUUCUCCAAAUGUUUGGAUUCACCUUGGUAGGGCAAAAAUAUUAAAAAUCUUUUGUUAAUAGAGUUCAUUGGAAACGUUACAAGUUAUGCAAUACAGAGAUCACGUUUCCAGUUAUGGCCACAGUAACUUUUACAGUCAGAAACAUUUUUUUAACGUAAGGUUUUAAAAAUUGUACAUUUUAUGAUACGGAGGGGGGUCGACCAAAUUAUUUUCCCUAGGGCCCUUGGCUUCUAUUGAUAGCCCUGAGUCAUCACCACAAACUUUUCCAAAUUUAAUGCAUUUUUCACAUCACAAGCUAACCAUAUCAAGCGACACUUUUUUUUUGCAUGUUAAAUGUUUGACAAAUGACAUUAUAUUGAAGACUAAUACAGUUGUUUUGUUAUAAAAUAUGACAUCGACCUGGGCUACGCCCUGCCUAAGCCCAAUAUGCCUCACGUCUUGCCCUUGCAGGCCCCUUCCUCCCACCACCACUCGCCGUAGUGUGUGCGUGUAUGUCGACCCGUGCUCACCGGUUUUAUGUCAGUGCUUCGCUCCCGAACGAUGCCGAGCGGGGACGAACAUUCCUGAGGCAGACUUCAUUUUAAUAUUAAAUUAGUUAUGUAAUUUUAUUGUUUUCAGCCAGUAGGCUAAUUUAAUUAAGGGUUUAGGUAUGUUCAUUCCUUUUCCGGUGGCACGCUUUAUUUAAAUACCUGUUAACAGCCGUUGGGCAUUUGUGAAUGGUGGACCCGCCUCGAGGACGCGCUGGGAGUCGGUCGCCAUCACUGCCCGUCGUCUGCAACUCUCCACUAUUACUGAUCCACAUCCAUCUGGCUAUUCAAUUUAUAUAAAGCAUUUUCUUUAAUUUCAGGACUUACCUCGGGCAGUAGACUCUUUUAUUUAAGUUUUAUUUAAUUAACAUAUCAGUGUCUUUUGUGCGCGUGGCCACGCAGGAGAAGAAUGAGGCGUGUGGGCCGCCUUCGAGAGCCUACCUUAUUGUGUGCCUUAAUCAAUAGCGUGACCCCCGCUGAGAGGGGAUGUAAUUACCUGUCUUUAUUUAUACUGGGGGAAACAGGACUCGCUGCACACUGGCGACGUCACGGCCCUGAGAAUAGAGUCGCUGGGUCCACAUGCCCAUAACACAUGUGCUGGCGCCCUAAGUAUAAAGCCAAGUACAUAUAUCCGAAAAUAUGAACCCCCUUUGCGACAGCAAAUACUAUAUAGUCUUAACUCUUAACAUAACUUUUUAUGAUUCACUAUUACAAUUACUAUAAAUGAAUAAUCAUUUAGGAAGUUUUUCUAGAUACCCAUCUCACAGAAAAAAAACAUACCAUAACCCAAACCAAAAUUUACAUAUGGCAUUCCUACUUAACUUUGUAACAAGUCACAAUCAUGCCCAUCUAAGACAACUGUUCUUUGCACUUACAUAAACACUAGAAAAAUAUCCAAUAUGAAAUUGCAGGUAGUUGGGUAUUAAGUUCUGUUAAUGAUUAUGAUAUUCUAAGACUGUUAACUAUAUGAAUUGAAAUAAAAGAGUUUUAAAUGAAUUUUGGAAUUUAUUCUUGUCACGUCACAAAUUUAAAUGUUAUAUGAUCUGUCCAAAAGAACACACUCUCUUGCCGAUCGCUACUCACAGCCCAGUGCCUUCACAAAAUAAUGUCACUAGCCACACUCGUCUAGGUACGAAGAUACACAGGAAAUAAAUCCCGGUAGACCAGUGGACCACCCAGGCCUACGCCACAUACUUUUCAGUAACUUAUAACAUACACAUAGCAUAGAAUAUGGACAAACCUUUGUCAAUUUCCAAAAAGACUACCAAUACUUUUACUUAGUUUUCUUAGUUAAUUGUGGCAUAUUACUUAAAAUUUUUCUUUGAACACUUGACAGGAAUACACCGUAGACUCAUUCUUUCAUAUUGUAAAUAAAAUUAAUCUUUUCAUUUGAAAAUUAUACAAAAAUACCCAUCACAGACCUGCCAACUUGUACGAUUCUGCCAAAAUUUGUAUGGGUAAUUCCAGUUCUUACGUUUUUACGGGGAGCAGCAUUAAUUUCACGCAUUACAUUUCUGCUGGCCUGAAAUUCUACAUUGACUCACGGGCUAGCGUUUUCAAUCUCGUGCCAUAAAAUAGUGUACUUGCAUCGGUAAAUACCAUAUGUACAGUUUUUGUACCGUAUUUUUGUUAGAACAGUGCCGUAAAUGUCAAGUACAAUACCACAGUUUUGUAAUGGUUUUUAUGGCAAGAAAGGAAGUACCGAUUUUAAUGUGCUGCAAGAUUGUUUUAACCACAUUUUGUGGUACAUCUACUGUAGUUUACAGUACAGAAUACCAUAUAUUCGCACUGACCCGGUGACAUUUUUUGCCGUGCUUCCACAGUACUGCGCUGUGGUGAAUACUUUCGAAAUCGUUAGAUUCAGACAUCAUAAUUGUAUACUGGACAGUUGUAUAUGCGACAAUGCGACGUCAUUCAUUCACUUUAAGAUAGUAACCUUUAUCUAUGGGAUAAGGACACGGACCGCCCAGAGGCCACAGGUUCGGACUGUUGUAGAUGGGCCUGUCGUGUACGAGAUUGGUUAUGCUCCACGCAUGUAGUGUUGUGUGUGAUAACAAAUAGUGGUUUGGUUUACAUUAAUUAAAAACUAUAGUGGUUUAGUGAAAGCAAAAUAUUUACGAUACAGUUAUGUUUGGGAGUGUAUUUGAGUUUCACAUACAUUUCGUUGUCUAGUGAAGCAAGAAAGAAAUAAAGUUGUUUGAGUCAAGAUGUUGAUUAUUUUUCUUUUUUGUUGCAUAAAUAUAGGUAGUACUUAUGUGCCAACGAAAGGUAUAAAAUGUGUGAUAAAAAGAAACAAUACGUUCAAGUGUUUAGAACGGCAUACUCUACACAGUUUUAAUGUAUUCUGAAGUCGGAGAAAGGUGAGAAGCAUGCGUUUUGUUCCGUCUGUCGCUGUGAUAUUAAUAUUUCUCAUGGGGGCAAAAAUGAUAUCACUAACCAUAUCAAGUGUGCGAAACAUGUAAGCAAUUUCAAAUACCAACAGGAAAAAAAAAGAUUAACAUUUACUUUGGCACAAAUAGUGUUGAAAAUGAGGUUAUUUAGGCUGAGUGUUUGAUCACUGGUUUUUUAGUGGAACACAACAUACCCUUCAGUGUUGCAGAUCAUGUUGGCCCACUGCUUAGAAAAAUGUUUCCUAAGUGUGAUGUGGCUAAGCAAUAUAGCUGUGGUAGAACAAAGACAACUGCCAUUGUUAAUGUAAUGGCUUUAGAUGCAGUUUCUAAUUAUUGUUGACUGUUUGUAAAAUGGGCCAUUUUGCCUUUCUACAGAUGGUAGCACAGAUUCUUGUUCCAAACUUUAUCCCCUUGUGGUGACAUAUUUUGAUCCAAAGCCAGUUAAUUGUGAGUUCUUUGCUGUCAAUUCCUACAUUGCAGGGGGAUUCCACAGGGAAAAAUAUUGGUGAACUGUUGCUCACAGAGCUCAAACGUUUGGAGGUGCCUUUUGAACAUUGUGUAGCCUUUUGCUCUGAUAAUGCCCCUGUAAUGGUUGGAGCUAAAAAUGGUGUUGUUGCACUGUUAAAACAAAAACAGCAAAAUUUAAUAUCAAUAGGCUGCCUUUGUCAUUUAGUUAACCUGUCAGCAGAGAAAGCAUCAGCCAGCAUUCCUGUGAAACUUGACGAGAUAGUUGUAGACAGUGGCGUAGCGAGGGGGUAGGCCCAGGGGGGCCGCCCCCCCCCCCCCCCCAAAAAAAAAAAGGGGGAAAAAAAGUCUGAAUUCACUAGCUAUAAAUUCUGGCCAAUGCAAUGUGUAAAGCUCUUGAAGUAGAUGUCUGGAAGGUCGGUCAAGCUAAGCUACGAUUCACACAAACAAAGGGCAGAGGCUUCCCUCCCCGCACAGAGAGGGCUCAAGGUCGGGUAUUCAGGCUGAAAACCCCCAUUACUCAUGGCUGUAAAACGCCUUCCUCAGCCGACCAGGGCGACACCCGUUUGGUCCUUACAACAAUGCAGCUAGCAGCAGUCAAGUUCUAGCAUUCUGUUCAGAAAGACUGUUCGAUCCUGUGCAGUGUGUAAUGCGUAUGGUUAAGAAUUUGUGAGUUGUGAGUUCGCAAUCGAAUGAAAAGCGCAGAAGAUGGAAAAAUUCUUGGUAAAAGAACCAAAACUAUCAGCUCCUUUGGUGGUAAGUUUUUAUUUUCUAAGUAUACUGCUUGUGUGUUGUUAACAUGUUUAUUGCUUAUGAUGGUGAAAACUGAGAAAAACAUUUUGAGCAAAUGUACAAUACUUAAAUACAAUCGUUCUCUUUUAAUGAUUGGGUAUUGCAUGCCUAAAGGGCGCCGUCAUCAUCCCGCCUCACUAACAUACAUUCACCCGACAAGAUGGCGCCCUUAAGCUGCAGUCUACUCUAGAAAAAAAAAUAGCUGUUUUGCUUAUGUUUCUUUAUUCAAAAUUAAGUAAGGGAUGACGACGUAACUUCUUCGUGCCAUACAUAUUUUACUAGGGAUCACAAUUUAGGAUUAAUAAGUAGUAAGAAAAUUCUUAUUGAUUUAUUUGAAAUUGUGACGUCCCAACCUUAGUAUAAGUACAAGGUUUAUGCCGUGCAUUGUUGCCAGAUUGAAGCCGCAUUACGAAGUUCGGCAGAUGUAUUACUUUGAUUUUUUUUGUACUGACAUAUUAUUUAUAAAUAUGGUAAAAAAAAAGUCACAAAAUUUGUGUUGACUUGUGGUACGAAAUAUAUCUAAUGGUAAAAUUAUUAUACAGUAAAUUACACGUUACUGUUUCUUAGGACCCAUCAUCAAUCUCCGAAUGCUGAAAAUAGGAGUGCCAAGACAAAAGAAACUCCCUUGGAUCUGGAUCCUACUCUUCAUAUGGUCAGUAGUUCCGUUGUCACGCUUCUGCCAACUCAACCAGCUUUUACUCCAUGCAGUGGUACAGGUAUGACCCAGAUAGGAUUUCAGAGCAAUUCUAUGAUUUCAAAGGAAUGUUGUGCCUAUAAUGACAUAGGGUUGUAUGUAGGGAAGGCAAACAAUACAGAUGCAGAAAAAGAAAUGCUGUUGAGAAGGCCAUGGCAACCAUCGGAAACUCAUAAGUGUUAUGUGCAAACUAUAGGUUCAAAAAGACGGACUUUCCAAAUCAAAUGGUUCCAAAGAUUUUCUUGGUUAUCAUACUCUGAAAAUCUAAGUGGAGCAUUUUGUAAAACCUGUGUUUUAUUUUGCCCUUGUGAUGUUGGUAAUGGCUCUCACGAGGAGUCUGGUGAGUAAACCAUUUAAUAAGUGGAAGGAUGCUCUCGAAACUUUUGAAAAACAUGCACGAACCAAGUACCACUUAAAUUCAGAAAUAGCAGCCAAAAUGUUUUUGGAUAUUUAUGACUGCAAGCAAGCUGAUGUCAGUGAACUUCUUUCACAGAAAGUCAAAACUGAUGCAGAACGAAACAGGAAAAUUAUAUCAACCAUUGUCGAAACUCUUAUUUUUAACGGGAGGCAAGAAAUACCUCUACGUGGGCAUCGAGAUUCUGGGCGGAUAACUGUUGAAGAGCCUACCAACAAUGAUGGAAAUUUUCGAGCACUACUCCGCCUUCAAGCAAGAGCAGGAGAUUCGCUUCUGAAUGAACACAUAAACAGUGGACGAGGUAAUGCGAUGUACAUCAGUCCCACAGUUCAAAAUGAACUGCUUAGUUUGAUCGGGAAGCAAAUUCAGGAAAAUGUUUUAGAAAGAAUUAAAAAGGCUAAGUUUUUCACUGUAUUGGGAGACAAAACUACAGAUAUCAGCUAUGUUGAACAGUUUUCUCUGUGUGUCAGGUAUGUUGACAUAGACUUGAUUGAUAUUAGAGAGGAUUUUCUGACAUUCGUUCCUGUGUAUGAUGUCACUGGGGCUGGAAUAGCAUCUACCAUAAAAACGGAACUACUAAAACUCGGUUUAGAAAUGACAAACCUACGUGGACAAGGGUAUGAUGGUGCUGGAGCCAUGAGUGGGCACCUUAAUGGAGUCCAAGCUAUAAUUAGGAAAGAUUGCCCAAAAGCUCUGUACACUCAUUGUUCGUCUCAUGUUCUUAACUUGUGUCUAAAUUAUGCUGCAAAAACAGACGUUAUUCGCAACUGUUUUUUCACGAUAUCAGAAGUAGCCUCAUUUUUCAGAGGUUCGGCACAGCGGACUAAGAUAUUGAAGGAAGGGCUGGAAGUUGCAGGGAUACUGAAUAGUGUUGUUCACAACUAUAAUGAUACACGAUGGGUUGAAAGGCACGACUGUGUUGCUGUAUUUUCCGAGUCAUUUUUGUCUAUCGUCCAAGCCUUGGAACUGUUGAUAGAAAGAAGACAAGGUGAUUUGACAGCAAAAAUAAAAGCAAUCGGGCUACACUCAAAUUUGUGCUCUUUUGAAUUCAUUGUUACGCUACUAGUCAUGUCAAAAAUGUUGUAGAUAACAUACCACUUGUCGCAGUUCUUACAACGAGAGCGCUUGGAUCUGUUUUCAGCCAUGGCCAAAAUUGAACACGUGGAAAAAAUGAUCGCCGAAAUA